UGUCUGGUGAGCGGGCGUGUGCGCUAAAGUGUGCGCGCACGUGUGCGUCCAUGCGUGUGUGUGUGUGUGUGUGUGUGUGUGUGUGUGUGUGUGUGUGUGGACCAGCAGCCAACACACACUUAACAUUCGAUCGCAACAUGGCGUUGAAGCGCCGAGAGACACGACGGCUCUGCCCCGACUAACGCAGCCUUGUUGUUUGGAAAUCCAGCAGAGUGAUAACCAAAGAGACCGCAACAUUCACACAGACUCCUUUACGCACCGGCGAAGACAAUAGCGGAUUCCAACAUAUGCAUGUCGCUAUAACGGUAUAGCUGAUCGUAAAGACGCACGCUGCUACCCCACUGGUGGAAAUCAAAGGCUGUACAUGGCGGUGGAGAGUACAAUUUGGCUGUUCUGUCUUCUUUCGCUGUUUUGUGGUCUAUCCAAGCAAGAAAAGCCUGUUUCGGUGGAGCUGAGCUGUGGUGCCGGGCCCAGCCAUGUAGUCUUGGAGCCGGGUUUGCCCCUCUUGCUGGACUGCAACCUGGGGGCCAGCGACACACCUUUCAAUGUCACGUGGACAAAGGACGGCCAGGUGUUGCCUCAGGAGGGGGGUGACUACCUGCAGCACCUGGUCAACGGUUCUCUCCUCCUGCUGCCCACGUCUGAGGGCGGCCAUCCUCCCCAGGACGUGGAGGGGGGUUACAGCUGUGUGACUGCCAGCGCCCUGGGAGCACUCACCAGCCGCACUGUGAACGUGCUCUUAGCAAGUCUGUCUAAGUUCCACCUGGAGCCGUCUCCCCAAACGGUGCCAACCGGGGGAGCUGCCCGCUUUGAGUGUCAGAUCGAGGGAGUACCUACGCCUGUUAUUACGUGGGAAAAGGACAAAGUGGCUGUCCCCGAGGAGACAAGGUUCAUAUCCCUUCCCAACGGGGUGCUCCAGAUUCUGGAGGUGACCAAGGAGGAUGAGGGCGUCUACCGCUGCGUCGUCUCCAAUUCUGCCAGAGAGGACAUCAGUCAUGAAGCAAGGCUCACUGUCACCACAGGCUCUACUGAAGCCCUGAACACAGUUGUGAUUGUGGCGCCGCCUCAGAAUGCCACGGUGGUGCUCGGCCAUCCCGCCGUGAUGGAGUGUAUGGCGCAAGGCCAACCCAAACCCCUGGUGUCCUGGAGCAGACAAGACGGAAAGCCCAUUUCCACUGAUGUGGUCGUCCUCGCAACAAACCUGGUGAUUAGGGACACGAGGCGUCACCACGCCGGCAUCUAUGUCUGCCGGGCCAACAAGCCAAAGACCAGAGAGUUUGUCAACGCAACUGCUGAGCUGCAUGUGCCUGCCCCCCCGGUGAUUCUUCAGCCCCCAGACACAGUGUCCCUCUCCCGGGGAAACACAGCCAGGUUUCUUUGCAACAGCUCUGGGGAGCCUCCUCCGGUGUUGCACUGGCUGAAGAAUGGCCGACCCAUCAAGUCAUUCAGGCGAGUGAAGACCCAAAGCCCUGGAGUUCUGCUCAUCAACCAGCUGGCUCUGGAGGAUGCAGGCUACUACCAGUGCAUAGCAGACAAUGGUCUUGGCACGGCCUGCGCCACCGCUAAACUGACAGUCAUCGUUAGGGAAGGUCUGCCCAGUCCCCCUCACCACCUGUCUGCCACGCCCUACUCUAGCACUACUGCCCUCCUCACCUGGGAGAAACCCGAAUACAACUCAGACCAAAUAAUCGGCUACUCUGUGCACUGCCAGCGUGCUGCAGGCUCCGAUAAUAUGGAGUAUCAGUUUGCAAUGAACAAUGACACCACUGAGUAUCUUGUCAAAGAGCUUCUCCCCCACACUGCCUACACCUUCUUUGUGGUGGCCUACUCUCCCAUGGGUGCCAGCAGUCCAUCCCUGUCUGUUACUGUAGAGAUGCUGGAGGACGUACCCAGCGCACCUCCUCAGCUGUCUAUAGCUAGCACUUCUCCUACAGACAUCAGGCUGAUGUGGCAUCCAUUGUCCUCACAGCUCAGCCGUGGAGCUGUUACCCGCUACCGCAUCGAGUACAGCACACUGGAUCAGGUGGACACUGUGUUCUCCGUUGAGGUGGGGGGGAACGAGACUCAGUUCACACUGAGAGAGCUGCAGCCCAACCAAGCAUACCGACUGAGGAUAGCAGCCGGAACAGGCGUUGGCUUUGGGGUUCCCUCCGAGUGGGCUCAGCACCAAACAUUAGCCCACUACAACCACAGCGACCACAGCACAGUGAUCUUUGCUCCUACUGAGCUGAAGGUCAGAGCCAGAGUGAACACACUCAAUGUGACGUGGCAUCCCCCACCCAAUCACACACUGGUCUCUGGUUACAAGCUGUCCUGUCAAGAGGUGGAGGCUGACGAACCCGUCUACAGAGAGAGAACAACACAGACUCACACCAUAAGGCUCCGUAAGAAGACGCGGUAUCAUCUCCUCACUGGGCUGGUCCCUGACCGGCAGUACGAGGUGAGGGUCUGGGCAUUCAACAAGCAAAUAGAUGGAGCAGCUGCAGUGUGGAAGGGAAGGACAGAGAAGGCCCAUGACAGACCAUCAGGACCGCACACGCACCCCUUUCCAUUGCCCCCAAGCAGCAUCCAAGCCACGGCCAACACUUCCACGUCCAUCUGGCUGCGCUGGGAGAAGCCGCGGUUCAGCAACGUACGCAUCAUCAACUACACGGUGCGCUGCAGCCCAGCAGGAACCACCAAUGCAUCCCUGGUCUCUUAUUACACCAGUUCUAUGCAGGAGAUACUGCUCGGGGCACUGAAGCCUUUCACCCGCUAUGAGCUAGCAGUGCAGUCCAAUGGAGUGGACGGGGUGGGACCCUUCAGUGGCACUGUGGAGGAGUCCACUCUGUCUGACCGGCCCUCCACACCUCCGGAGGAGCUGCAGCUGAGUGCUCUGGACUCCUCCUCCGUUUUGGUGAGCUGGCGCCCUCCGCUGGAGCCUAAUGGUAUCAUCACCAGCUACAGGAUUCUGUACAGCGGCAACCUCAGUGAGCCCGAGCACUUGUGGAAAAACCUCUCUCAGGAUGGAAGCAUUACGAGUGUGGAGAUCCAGGGUUUGUCCAGUGGCACUCGUUACUUUUUUAAGAUGGGAGCAUCUACUGAGGUGGGGCCAGGCCCUUAUUCACCUAUAAAGGAUGUUCACACUCCCCUUCAGAAAUAUGAGUUGGACAUCCAUGCUGUGACAGGCAUCAUUGUUGGUGUGUGUCUGGGGCUCAUAUGCAUCCUCCUCUGCAUGUGUUUCAGCUUUCGUAACAGCAAAUCCAGGGAGAUUUCAGGCGGUCUGGACCCCAAAGCUGCGACACCUCAGUACAGGAGAGGAGGCUGCCCUGGUCCCUCCAGUGUUCCAGAGUGUAGCAAUUGCCAUGAGCUGGAGACACUGAUGCCCCCAGGCAGCCAAGAGUCUGCUCAGUUGCCAGCGGAAGCCCCAGAGGAACAGAGUUUGAUGGCAAGUGCUAAUCCAGGGGAAGGGGAGGAUGCCCCUGCAGCUGAACCCAAGGCUGCUUGGAACGGAUCUGUGAGCCAUAACUGGGCCAACAGAAUCACUAGAUACAGAGACACCAUAUCAGAAGACUCCCCAACACUCAUUAAUGGAGCUCUCAACAUGCUAAUUACUGAUAACGGCACGGGUUUAGACGAUCGUCUCUCCACAUCCCUGUGCAGUAACCAGGUCGAGGCAGAAGUCAUCGUUCACUCCGAGCUGUCAGACCCUGAGAGGGAGAAAGAGGAGGAGGGCAGUGAGACGGAGAAAGAUUGUAACACCAUCAAAGGACCCUCGUUAUCAGAGGGAAGAUAUUCCCCCUUGAGUCAGCCAAGUCUGCCAGGAGAGGAGGAACCUCCAGGGAAACUGGCCCAAAGUCUUCCCUCUAUAAAGUUGGUGGCUAAUCACAACGGGGAGACCGGCGACACAGGUCCACAGCAGGACGUGGGGCUCACCAAUGGCUUCCACUCUCCUAAGACUGUGAGGUCUGUGCUGAGGUCAGAGCAUCUGGAAAACAGGGACUCCAGACACUGUCCUUCAGCUGCAGGGAAGGCCAUCUCUGCUGGACUGUCCCCUGCCCCCUUUGUCAGCUCCGGCCUUGUCCACGCUACCUCAGCAGCACACAGUUAUCUGUGCCCAUAGGCUCUGCAUGUAGGGCAUCAGCCACACAUAGAGACAUCAGACUGAUUUUCCUUUAUGUACCCAGGAAGAAUCCGUACGGAUCAUUUUUAUGCACCUCAUUAUUUGAUUUAUUUCUCUUCCUUGAAAAAGUUUUAUAGAUACUUUUAAUCCAUGGUUUCAUACAUGUGUGUGUGUAUAUACAGUAUAUUUUUAGUGGUAGAGUACUGUAUAUGGGUAUGUAAUCUCUAUCACUGCAACCAUUCUUCCCUCUGGGUAUCUUUCUUGUCCACAGGAAAGAAAGGAAAUAUUUAACUCAACCAAGCAGAUGGAAGUUGAUUGGAGGAGGCUAUUCCCAUUGUGUCUCUCUCUCACACACACACACACACACACACACACACACACACACACACACAUGGCUCUGUUCCACUCAGGAAUGAGAAAAAGACAGGAAUGUACCCUGAGUGAGUGAAUGCUUGGACAGGCUAUCAUCACUGAUGGGGCGAUUGGAAAUGGCAGUUCUCCAAGGGCUUUGUUGUGUGGAUGCUACUUUACCGUGGCGCUGAGGAAUACGCCUUGAAGAGUAUCUGCACACUCUGAAAUUGCUUAACACCUGUCUCUCCCUCUCUCUCUCUCUCUCCAGCCUCCUGCUGUCUCAGGGUCCACAAACAAACUGAAACACAUGCAGAAAGCUAAUAUCAUAACUAGUUACUCUGUAUCUCACACACACCUUCAAACAGCCAUGCAUAAACACACAUUUACACACAUUUCCUGCCUGGAGUGUGAGGGUCUCAGGUGCCUAAUUAUUCUAGGUGCGUUUAUAACCUCUGUAUAUUUCUAUAGAUGAUUAUACUCAAAUACAGAAAAUGUCAACAUGAAGGUAACAAAAAGACUCAAGAUGUACAAAGAUAGAUCUGAAACUUUGUAAACGGGGAAUCUCGGUGAAGAUGUCGAUAUCUCGUCUUGGAAUCCAAGUAGUUACAUGUUGACGUUAGUAUUGGUUUCAAUAUGUCGGUGGGAGAACUAGAGGAGAUGUUACAAAAAUCCAUCUGUACACCAUUCUCCUUUUUCUGCUCCCAGUUAGGGAUGCACCAAAGUCCAUAUGGUUGUCAAGAAACUGUGCCAUUAGUUGGAGAUUGGUUUUGGGAUAUUUAUAUAUAUUACUUAUAAUACUCUUUACUCUGCCACUGGAGCCAUGAAAGACAUCAACAAAAUGUGGCUUCAAUUUUUAUUUUUAUUUUUUUUCCCAUUUGUCUGAUGUAAAGAAAAUAAACACAUAUUCCAGUUUCUUAUUACUAUGACCCCAAACUGUUGAACAUAGUUCAUAACCAUCUGAUCCGUUUGCUUUCAAAAAUUAAUGAAUUCAUGUUUUCUGUGAGUCAGUAUUGGUUCAAGCAGUGUAAAAAGUGCGACUGGUGCAUCCCUACUUCUUAUCAACGGCCCUACCUCAUUUCUUUUCAGGACUGUUUCCAGUUUGGCUUUGUGAGUAACUAGCAACUAGCAACUUUAUAAGAUCUUUUUCUUAACUUGUCUGAUGUGAUUUUACAGCCUUUAGUGUUUGCAGUAUGUUCACUGACUCUAUGUCCAUGCGUCAUGUCAAACUGGAAAUUACGUCUCUUGAGUGCAUUGAAGCUCCCGCUCACAUCCCUGAUCGACUCUCGGUAUAAAAAUGACAUUCUCUACUCUACCCAAGUUUUGAAGUUCCUGUGAAGAUUCCACUGAAAUUUGGCAAGAGAAGUAGUAACUCAUCCACUUGUGCCACUUAGAGGCAAUGAGUGUUACUAAGCAAAUUUUAGUUGGAUGUUUCUAAUUGGUACUCUCUCUUUACACACUGCAUACUAUAUACGAAGACCAUAAUAAGACCUGCAGUGAUUUGGUUUCCUACCUUUACAGUGUUGACCUUUGUAUUAGCUUAGUGUAGAUUUGUGACUGACUUGAUACGAGUAAGCUAGCAGUUAGCAUUCCAGCUACGGCCAGUUAGCCCUGUGAGCAGCCGCUUCCACUCUUCGGUCGAACUUCAUGGUCAAGAACGCAAGAGAUUUUGGUAAAGCCCGCACCUUAACACUCAUUACCUACAAGUGGCGCGAGUGUUUACUUUUGUGAUAGCUUGCGGAAUGGUUCCAUUAGGUGCUUCACAUCAAUAGGUCAGUUUAAAGACUGAUUUGGCUUCCAUCUACUGCAAGUCAUUUUACUUGUGGUGGAAAAAAAGGGCGAACAUUCCUUGACGAUACGAAUGGAGAUGACAUUUUAUUCUACAUCUGUGUGAUUCUGAGACAAGUUUGCAGAAAUUGGGAUAAGUUAAUAACUGCAAUGACAUUUACUUAAAUAAUUAAGUAGGGCACUCAGUCCAGCCCUCUUCUUCACAAUGUGUCAUCUUCUCUCAGAGUGUUCCCUGAGACUCAACUCAAACACAUCAGCAGCGGACGUGUAAAUGUAUGAAAUAUGCUCAACGUGUUUCGUAGCUAUAAUUGUGUCUACUAUCCUUUCUGAAGAAAAUGCAUGAUUGGUACCUCAAAGAGACUUAUUUUUUUAACCUUUCCAUGUAUGUACUUAACAUCUAAACCUGACUGACAUGUUUUUUACUGCAGUAGCAGUCAUUUACGGACAGAAAUGAAUGUGUUCUUUGCAAACCUGGGUCAAGCAGAAAAUGAAAGUCCCUUAGGGGAUGAAUGCGUGGGGUUUGCCAAAUGGGGAAAUUUCUGAUUUUCUCAACCGUCAAUGAGAUAAAUAUUUACCUUAAUAUACUAAUUAUAUAUGUCUGGCGAUGUGCUCUGUUGCAAACCAUAUUUAAAACGUACAUAAAGAGACUCAUUGAUUUAAAAUGGUAAGCAUUUGUGACCACGCUCCAGUCGGUGACUUCAGAGCUGGUUUUCAUCACUGUUAUGUCAUCGAUCUGUGACAAAUUGAAAUGUAUAGAGCCACAGUUCUCUGCCUUCUGGUUUCACGAUCAUUUGCCCUUUAUAUAAGCUAAAGCAAAUCACCAAAACUUAGUGGGUAUAGUUUUGACCCAGGUUCUUUACUGAUGCUGUUUUGUUCAUCGCCCCCAUAAGUGUGUACGUCCAGAGUCUAAGAAAGGAGCAUUCUCAAAAACAUUCCAGUAUCUUUAACAUACCUCUCACAGUUCAGGUCAGCCAUGAUUUGCCAUGAUGUUUAAAAAAAAGAGAAGUGCUAAAACCCCAGAUUGGGUUCCUCCUGCUCUGAUGAGCUUCAUCCACACCUGAGUUCAGUUCCUCCGACCACAUCAGCGCUUCCUACCGCUGGAAGGUCAGCGACUCAUGACAGUGAAACAAGGUUUUAAGUAAGUUGUCUUUUCAAGAUCUUCUGAGAAUAGAGUUCAUGAAGUUGCCUCACCGUGCCCCACAUGGCCGCCAGCUGAUGCUAACGUUUUUCUGCCUGUUAGUAGCGUAAGUACAUUUUCUACAGUACUGCCACAAUUGGCUCUCAUGGACAUUCAACACAUUAGAAAAGUGCUUAUUUUUGGACUGUUUCCAGUAAAAGAAAGAUAUUAUCAUAUCUGUGAUCGAGUUAGAUUUCAUGAUGUGUGUACAUGUCAAAUUCUGAUGUAUAUGUCAAAAUCUGAUGUAUAAUCUUAGCUGGGCAAAGUUUCAUUCAUUUAUUUCCAUAAACACUUCAUUCAAAUCAGGUUGUUUUUAGUCUUGAUGCAGUAGUUGAUGAUUACAGUGUGCAACGAUCCUGCCUCCAGCAUAAAGGAUGUACGCUCACCUUAUAGGAGCUCUGUUAACACAUUUAACCACUAUUGCUGUGUAUUAUUUUUCCCCUUUUUGUUAACCUCUUUGUUGGCUAGAACAAUCAUAUUUUUCAGAGGAAAACGACUCGUGCUCUCAUUUUGUAGAGAUGACAGUUACUUUGAUGACUGGGUUUAUUUCAUUCUCUUUUUGUAAGGGUUUUAUUAAAACAGUAUACCUCAUGUUGGUAA